AUGGCAAAGGCUGUGCGCUUUAAAGUUCGUUGCACAGUUUGUCAUGAGGUUUUUCAAAACGACUACGUUGGGAAACAUACAAAAUCUAAACACAAAGACCUUCACGCGUCUGGUCGUCAGGCACCCGUAACCAUUGAGUUGGAUAAGUCUGAUACUCGUCAAAGUAAAAUGGAUGCCUUUUUCCGCUCAACUCCUGCCGACGACUCAAAUUCCAGUGGUGCGAAAAAGAGAAAAAUAGCCACUAGCGUUGAGAUUACAACAUUGUCUGAACCAGAGGAAGGUGAUGAACCGGCAACAGACCAUGGAGAGUCAAUUAGAAACACUCAAAAAGGUAAAUUUCCGUGAAUAUCGCCUUAGAAAUAGAUGACGUCCAUACGUGUCAUACAGUACGGAAUAAUUAAAUGAAUAAAUAAAUAAUAAAGUGCGACAUUGAAACAAUUAUUACCCCUAUUUUUGAUCACAUUGAUGAACCUAUUCUAACUGAACAUCAAGAAAAAGAGGACAUGAUAGAAGAAAGUGACGGAACUAGCUCGGGUGGUGAAUUGUCGGAUGAUGGGUCAGAUGAUGCUGAUCCUGCUGGUCUUGGAGAUAUGAUGAGCAUAGGUAUAUAUUUUCAUUUUUAGAUACUUUAAAUUUUGACAUAGAAUAUAAAGUUGACAAUAUAUUGCACUUCCAUAACUAGCAAUGAAUUAUAAAAGGGUGACACAAUUCCCAAUACAGUACUCUAUAUCGAGUUUGUUCAUGUUUUUUAUUCAUAGAUAAAUCUGAUGGACAAAGUAAUAGCAGUGGUGUACAUGAGGGGUCUAAGCUAGCAACAAAUUUAUCAGGACCGAAUGAUAUCUCUUUGACGAAAGAUGAUCAACCAGUGCAACCUCGAAAGAUUAAAUUCCCUUCUCAUAUAAUUGGUCGACAGUACAGGUCAUUUAAUCCCUCUCUCUAUGAUAAAUACUUGUGGUUAGAAUACUCGGAAUGUGAAGACGCUGUGUACUGCUUUUACUGCCGACAUUUCUUCGCCGAAAGAAAAGAGCCGACCUUUGUUACCCAUGGUAUGCGGAAUUGA